CGGUCCAUUGAAGCGACGAGAUGGUUCUGACCGGGCUCAUCAGGAAACUUGGUCAUCAGCUGGCCGAGAUCAGGGAGCGCGCGCUCCGCAGCAUUCUCUGCAAAGUCGAGCACAGCUUGAUCUGCGAGGCAGACCUCAUUCAGGAAAGGCUGCUUUUCCUCCAUCUGCUCGAGUGGUUCAAUUUCCCAUCCGUUCCCAUGAAGGAGGAAGUUCUGCAACUGUUGAACAGAUUGGUUAAGUAUACCCCUGCAGUCCAGCACAUGAUUGACCUUGGAGCAGUGGAGUUCUUAUCGAAGCUUCGUGCGAACGUGGAGCCAAGUCUGCAGGCUGAGAUUGAUGGCAUUCUGGACGGACUUUUCAUUCUUCCUUCAGAAGUCCCUGAACCGCACUCUGGCCCUUACCAAGCCAGCCAAACUGAAUUGUCACAACAGCCUGAAGUCUUAAUAGGCUAUUUCCCUCAAGAUAGAAGUCAUGUGAACCAGAUGGACUUAGCACCGGGAGCUAUGGUAACUCAGAACGUGAACUGGCUGAAGGUCUCUGUGUUUCCUUGGCUGCCUCUGACCACAACAGAUAGACAUGUUCUCUCCUCUAAUGAGAGCUCUUUGAGGAGUAGCAAUCACACUUUGAUCUGGAACACCUGUGAACUGUUGAAGGACGUUAUCAUGCAAGACUUUCCCGCUGAAAUAUUUCUUCAAAGGCCAAAAAUCGUUCAGAGCCUUCUGUCUCUGCUGAAACUGGCCCCUGAAGGAGAUGGAAAGCAUAGACUGGCGAUGCAGGCCGUGUCCUGCUUACAGCAGCUGUGCACGUAUUUAAGAAAUAGACUUAAUUUUUACCGGGACCCAAACUUUUUCUCUAAUAAACAAGACACAAUCUCCCAGAACUCUUCCUUGUCUUACUGCCAUGAAGCGAGAGGUGCUCACCAUUCCCAGAACCCGUCCCCAGGAAGCAGCAGCCCUCGGCCUUCUGUGGUUGGGCGCACAGGCCAGCGGCCCCGAGGAGAUGGCCAGGACUGGGACGCAGUGUCCUCCAGUGGCAGCAGCGGUCAUGCUCACAGGAACUCGGCGGCGUCUGUCCACUCCGCUCUGGACAUGGCCCGGGUGGACUGGCCUGCGCUGGAGGCGGAGGACGUGCUGGCGCUGCAGAUCCAGCAGCUGAGCCUCCCUCAGUUCUGCGUGGCCGUUCUCGAGGCUGCGGCUCCUCUGCUGCGAGCAGGCAGUAGAGAAAUGAUAAUACGACUUCUGGAAUUGCUUGCAGAGGAUCUGAUACUUAUUGGAGAAGCAGUUUCAGCUGAUAUUUGGGAUGACAGCAGCCUUUUUGCUAUGGAUAUGAAGGAGAAACUGCUGCUCGUGUUGGGGUCCCUUGGAGAGACCCUGUGUUACCGCAAGAGUAGCUUCAGCUCGGAGCAAGCAGAGGCGAUGUUGGUGCACCACCGAACAGCCUUCGUCAGCGUUGCCCUGUUUGCAGUCCGUCUGCUGCAGACUCUGCUCCCUGUUGAAAAGGCAAGCGAGGUUUUGCCAGAGCCUAUGGAAGCAGCGCUGUUCCUUAUUUCCUUGGACAUGCCGAUUUCUUUGGCAUACCCAAAUACGCAUGAUGCCUCUGUGGCCUAUUUGGAGCAGCUGAAUUCUGAAAGCUACAGUAUCUAUAAACGAACUGCUGAGGCUGUAUAUUCAAUUGAAUGCACCUGUCACUUCCUCUCGGAGGCUGGGAAGGAGGGAGAGAAGAAUCUCCUGGAAUUGGUGGAGCUGGCAGACCAGGCCUUGCGAAGCUUUUCCUAUCAUCAACAUUUCCCACUAAUAAAGGAAAUCAUCUCCAUUUGUUCAAAGAUCUGGAAGUCUGCGCAAGCCAGUCCCUUGCUGCAAGGAGAAAGUCAAAAGGUGUUUCUGCGCAUGCUCUCUCACCCACUGACACAAGUGAAAGUGGAAACUUACCACUGCUGCCUGGAAAUUGUUAAGGAAUGUUUAGGUGUCCAUAAUGUCACUAAACCUGUGUCUUCACUGUGCAGUGGAAUUCACUUUCUGCUUCAUCCAAAAGUUCUGUAUGAGAUCUCUGCAUUCGGCAUUCAGGAACCCAAAACUGAGGUGCACACGGCGGCCAAGGCCAUCCUGCUGUACCUGCUUCAGGGACGACUGACGAUGACCGCCGCGACCUGGAGCAUGUUUAUCGCGUCUCUCUGCCCGGUCUUCCCCGUGCUGCAGGGCUAUGCAGACCCAGAGGAUCCAUUAGGCAACUCCAUUCUCCUUCUAAGCAAAGCAAGUUCGGAGGCAGGAGAAGGGAUUCUCCCAUGUACUAUCCGAUUGAAGUCUGUGCUUCGACUUCUGCUAGUGAAAAAGCCAUCGGUUCGUUCACUGGCGUUAAAACUGUUAGCAUUUCAUCUCACGAGUGAAGAAGGGGCCGCUUCCAAGCGUCCACUCAUAGACGCCAGAGUGCUGUCCCGAGUUACGAACCUGUUUAUUGUGAAGAAGCCCAUUGAACUCAGACUGGAUGACAGGAGAGAACUGGUCAUUAAGCUGGAGACUGUUGAAAAGGUAUAUGACAUUUUCACCUCUGAGGAUGUCGACCUUGUUUUGAGAAAGUCGGCUGCAGAGCAGUUAGCUGUGAUCAUGCAAGAUAUUAAAAUGCAUGGUAUGGUGAAAAAGUUAUGCUUAAUUGACAAGAUAAUCAAGUACUUAAAUGAAUGCGUGGGUCAAGAUGGCAAGGAUGUGGAGUGCUUGACGCCGCCGUGCCUCACCCUCCUGAGGAAGGUUUUGAGUGCAGACCCGGCCACGCGAGCGUCUCUGUCCCAGCAGUCUUCCCUCCUGACCCUGUUAUUCCGAGUUUCCUUGAUAUUCCAUGAAGACUGCACUGUAGUGACCGAAGUUGGGGCAUUGUUUUGUCUCCUGUUAUUUGAUGAAGUCUCAAGAAUGGAUAUGUGGUCCGCCGCUCCUCCCAGUGAGCCCUCUGCGUCUUCAGGCUUCAGUUUGCCAGUCUCCGUUUUCAGAAGGUAUCAUCUGCCUGUGCAUGUCACCGGCCACCAUGCUGUGAGCCCUUACGCGAUAGUUUUACCCUUGUCUUCAGACUGCUUGGCCUUGAAGCCUGUGUCAGAUAUGCUGAGAAUAGCGUGGAACCUGUCAUGGUAUCAUGGGGUUGAUAAUCUCCUGAAGCAAACCAACUCCGAAACUCAAAGCCAAGUGUUUUUAGACUCGCUGCAGCUGUCCAUGGAGGACUUGCUGGCACUGAAGGUCACACACACGGCCAGUGGACUGCAGGACUGCCUACAGGCCAUCGUCCGUGCUGGCGGCCACCGGGACGUGAGGGCCGCUGUGAGCAGGAUGAGCUUCCACCUCGUGAAUGACAAGCUCUCUCUGAACGAUGACACCGGCCCGUGUGAGAGCGCCUUGAGGUCCUUGGCUUGCCACACUGUGCUGAACCGGUUUCUACAAGUGCUUCCUGCUUGCACUGAAGACGAGAAGCUGCUUAUAGACAUCAUACAUUUUCUGAACAAGCUAAUGAAGAAACAGAGAAAGAACCCCUCAGUGGAGCUUCUAACCUGGAUUCUAGAAUUGCUUCUCGGGAAUAAGCCAAACCCACUGCUAGACCUGCUGGUUCCGAGCGAGGCCCAGGCAGGAGCAGAAGCAGAUGACGUCCACGCUGCGGUCAGGCAGCGGCUUCAGAAGGAACUGAUUGCUCUCUUCAGCACCUUGCUGCUCUGCUUCUCAGUGGUCACGGACAGGAAGUGCCUGGAGCUCCUCUACGUUUUCCAAACUCAGCUGUCUCUGAGGCUGCUGCAGUGUCUGCGGGUCACCGACGCACCUCACUUCUAUGGCCUGCCUUCUCUUGAGCGGACCUUACGAGGGAUGGCUCACCUCACGGCUUCCCCCGGAUGGAGCUCACAUUCUCCUCUAACUGAGCCGCUUGACAUCUGUGUGAAGUACUUGUCAGGUCUCCUGGAGGUCAUCACGUCUUUUUACGUGGACCGUGGGGGAAACUCCAUGUCAUUCAUGGGGAAAGGCGUCACGAAGAGCACGAUCCUCUGCCUGCUUCACUUAGCCCACGAGAUGAUGGAGCAGGCCCCACGCGUGGAAUGGGUGUCGCUUUGGUUCCUGCCUUUGGGUGGUCACAGUGAAGACCUCACUCCCACUCAACAGGGAUUGGCCUGGUUAAUUCCACUAUGGGUUGAUCGGGACCCGGAGGUGAGAUUCACUGCCCUGGGAUUAGGAUCAGCGCUGACCACUAUGGAAGCUGGCUGUGUGGCCUUGGCAAACAGUUUUCAGAACAUUUCUGGUGGGCUUUGGGGAACUGUGGUGAACAUUCUCCUGGACCAGUCCGAAUGCAGUGUGGUACGCCGGGAGGCAGCAUUUAUUUUUCAGAAUCUCCUUGUAAUUCCUAUGCCCUCAGAAAUUAUAAAGGACUACACUUGGCAGGGCCCCUGUGUCCAUGAUGAGGACUCGGGCCUGUCACUCGUAGGAAAACCUGCCCUUCAGGCCCUCUUACAUCACUGCCAUUUCUAUGAGCAUCUGACGCACAUGGUGAAGCAUUGCUAUGUCGGGAGGUGUAUGUUCGAUUUGAGUAUUUCUGCCUUUGGUGGAACUUCAGAAGGGAAUGAUUUCAAUGGGUUAGAUGACUCAUUCAAGUUUUGGAGAGCUCCAUCAAGGACAUCCAGUCAGCAUCAAGACCCAAGCUCUCUCUCCACUUCAGAAACAAUGGUUACGGCUUCUUCGGGGAGCACUGAGUUCCACCCACCAGCGCCAUCAACACUUCUUCUCGAAGCCUCCCACGACCAGUUUGUGGCUCAAGGUCAACUUGAAGUUACCCCAGCAUUGCCUCCUUGCGAUUCCUCCUUUUCGGCUCCCCUCCCCAAGCAGUGUGUUCUUGUCAUGCCGUCCCUUCUGUCAGCAACCUGCAGCCUCUUAGACAACCUCCUGGUAACGGCCCCAAGGGACACUGCCGAAGCUUUGCGACAAGCCCACCUCAUCGAGCUGCUCUGCAGUCUUGUGGAUGCCUCCCUCAUUGACAUGUAUGUCCAGGAUCUCAAGAGCCCACUGCCUUCGUCAUUCCCAGUUGAACAUACCCAGGCUCAGGUCUCCUUUCUCCUGGAAUACCUGUCGUCCUUGUCCGGGCUUCUGCGGUCCUGCCUGUUGGUGGAUUCUGCCCUGGUAGUGCAGGAUGAGCUCCUGAGACCUCUCAUCACUAAUCUUGUGGGAGUUCUCACUGUGCGCAUCAAAGACCUACCGGAUGCACAGCUAGAGUUGACUUUUCAUCACACAUGGACACACUUGUUUGAGCUGCUGGCCGCGCUGCUGAGGAAAGCUGCUGCUGCCUCCCUGCCUGCUGUCUCCUCGGCUCUCGCCCGGCGCUGGGACGAGGUGGCGGAUACGCUCUGUGCAUGUGUGGGCUUGUCCCUCAGCUGCCCGGCACUGUGCGUGGCCAGUCUGCAGUUCCUGUCCGUUCUGUUGACUGAAGAACAAAAGCGCCAUCUCCAGGCCAAGGGCAGGACAAGUGGAGGCCGUCCUCCCACAGUUGCCGCCCUUCUUGAUGAAAACCAGGAAUCUUCAGAGCAACUCAGCAAGGUGAUUCUUCAGUGCUAUGAAGGAAAGCCCCCCAGAGAUGCCUUGAGAAGAGUCGCUGCGAGUGCCCUGAUGUCCCUCCUGGCUGUCAGCAGGCAGGCCCAGAAGCAAGCCUUAAAAGCUGACCUGGUAGAGAGCUGCAUGGAGCGACUGAAGCACAUUCACGCCCAGCUGAACCUCGAUUCCCUGAGGCCCAGGAAAGCGGCCCUGAAGAGAAAGGAGGACGGCUUUACUCAAGAGCUCAGCAUCACCAUGCAGCUCCUCAGAAACUGUCUUUACCGAAACGAAGAGUGCAAGGAAGCAGCCCUGGAGGCAAACCUGGUCCCUGUCCUGCACUCACUCUGGCCUUGGCUUUUGAUGGAGGACUCGCUGAUGCAGAUAGCCAUGCAGCUGCUCUGUGUCUACACGGCCCAGUUCCCCAGCGGGUGCAGUUCUCUCUGCUGGUCCAGCUGUGCACAGUACUCUCAAGUCACACACCGGGGAGCCCCGAGCAGCUCCCUGAUGCUCUGCAUCCUCAAGCUGGCCUCUCAGACACCUCUGGAGAACUCCACACUCCAGCAGAUGGUUUUUAUGUUUCUCUCAAACCUGGCUUUGUCUCAUGACUGUAAGGGAGUAAUUCAGAAGAGCAACUUCUUACAGAACUUCCUGUCGCUAACAUUGCCAAAAGGAGGCAAUAAGCACCUUAGCAGCCUUGCUGUCCUGUGGUUAAAGUUACUCCUGAACCUGUCGUUGGGAGAAGAUGGACAGCAAAUGAUCCUGAGGCUGGAUGGCUGCUUGGACUUCCUCUCGGAGAUGAGCCGGUACAGGCGCCGGGGCGGCCCGUGCAUCCCGCUGCUGAUCUUCCACAACCUCUGCUUCAGCCCGGCUCACAAGCCCAGGAUCCUGGCCAACGAAAAAGUCAUCACUGCGCUCACCGCCUGCCUGGAGAGUGAGAAUCGAAACGAGCAGAGGAUCGGCGCGGCCUCGCUGUGGGCUCUGCUCUACAAUUACCAGAAGGCAAAAACAACUUUGAGAAACCCAUCCAUAAAAAGAAGAGUAGAUGAAGCGUAUUCCACAGCAAAGAAAACUUUCUCCAGUUCAGAAGAGAACCCUCUAGAUGCCUACUAUUUGAAGUGCCUUGAAAACCUAGUGCAGCUGCUGAACUCUUCCUGAGCCAUGAGAUGCACCACGCCAAAGCUGACAGCGCCCCAGAAGGCUGACGUGGUGCCAGCUUUGCGCUGCUUCCUGGGAUGGGCUCGCUCUGAGUGCAGACGCCGCAGCCCCCCGCCCCGCCAUACUGGAGAGAGCGUGGCCAACAAGUUGGUGACUCUCAACCCUGCUACUUCCUGGCAGCUCUCUAGAGUGAAUGAGUGUGGACAAGCGGGAGAAGCAGUGAGAGUUCAGGCAACAUAAACAUUUGUACCUUUUUCUAUGCAAUGUAUUUUGUAAAAAUCCUAUUUAACAGUUAUUUAAUAAAGUAAUAUUUUAGAAGCCGAA